AUGUAUCGAGAAUGCUUUGCACCUCAGCACGAAGCCCACCGCGAUCGGGGCCACGGGCUGCGCGCGCUGUCAUCUACGUGCGCGGCUUAUUUGGGGAAUCUACCUGGCAUCACGGCGGACGGCUUGCGCCGUAGUCCUCUUUCGUCGGAUUGUUUCCAGCCCAGCAGAGUGAGCGGCUUCGCAUAG